AUGGUGCUUCAAGGGAGUGUUGUAGAGCUUCAUGUUGGUGGAGCAGAUCCGGGAACUGGGACAACAGGGUUUAUCAAUGUAUCAGAGGCAAGGCAACUCAAGAUAGCGGAAACUUCGGACAAGGCUCGACAAGAUGGGAAGGAGGAGGUGGAGGGGGAGGCGGAGGAGGAGGAGGAGAAGGAAGGAUUGGGAGAUGGUGAGGUGGAUAAGGAGGAGGAUAGGGGUAAGGAGAAGAAUGAGGAUAGAGAAAAAGAAUUGGAGUAUGGUUGUGAGGAGCAGAAUCAAGAAAAGAAGGAGAAAGAUUGGUCUGAAGAGGAUGAGGGAGGAUGA